AUGCGGUCGUCAAAGCCUCGCUCGGGCGCCUCACUUCGCCUGCUUCCUCCCUGGCAUGGUCCGCGAACGAUAAAAGCGGAUGGAAACAUACACCAAGGAGCUUGGGCUUACGGACGAGCGCGUGAAAACAGUGACGGACGACUUGGCUACCGAGAUCGUCAUCCUGCGCUGGGUGAAGAAGUUUCCGAUAUCAGCCAUGAACUCCGAGAGGAGCUGCGUAGCCUGAUCGAUCUGAGGGUGUCAGCAGAAGAACAUAAUAUCACCCGCGUACGAUACCACUUUAGUAGGUGUCCGAAGGAGUGGGAGCUCUUGCAUGUAGACGUUGAUGAGCGUCAGACUGAGCACAGAGCCUUGAGAAAGGCUGCA